ACACCUACAGGGCAGAGAUUGGAAAAAGCCGCCUGCGCCCGUUGUCGGAGAAGUGAUAUAGAGCGGGUUGGGGAAAAGUAAGGGACACAUAAGGGACUAGAAAUCUCCUACCUACUUGUCCAACCUAAGUAAGGCUGCACGAGCGAAUAAAUCAGAUCGAACGAUCAACGAGGAACUAUUGGGAAACUAUACCUCAUCAUACCGCAAAAUGGCACCGACACGUAUUAUCCUCGAUACCGACCUGUCUAUGGGCGCCGGAGCGGAUGUCGACGACGGCUUCGCUCUCGCCUUGGCACACGCGGACCCAGACAUUCAGCUGGAAUUAAUCACUACGGUGAAUGGCAACACGGAUGUUGAGAGUGCUACAAUCUUAACGGGUGUCCUGCUCAACCGACUCGGUAUCAAGGACACACCCCUCGUCAAAGGAUCAGCUACGCCCAUCAUCCACCCAGACCAAACACACAAAAUCGCAGACCAUGUCCUCGCCCUAAAAGACAGCGCGCGGCCUCCAAAUCCGGGCUACGCCCCCGUAGCCAUCGCCGAGCACAUCCUCGCCAACCCCGGCCAAAUAACCGUCGUCGCCAUCGGCCCUCUAACCAACAUCGCCCUCGCGCUGCUCCUCGAGCCCCGCAUCAAGUCUGCAAUCAAAGAACUCGUAAUCAUGGGCGGCAUAUUCUUCGGAACCAUGUACUCACGCGCCAAACCCGGGGAAUUCAACGUAUUCUCCGACCCCGAAGCCGCGCGCACCGUCCUGCGAUCCGGAAUACCGCAGCGAUGGGUCGGAUUAGAUUGUACUUAUAAAGUCCGAUUGACCAUGGACGACGCCAAGGCGCUCCAGAAAUCUUCUUCGGGUUUCGCGGUUUUCGCUGGGGAUGCUACGAUUAAGUAUAUAAACUACCAGGUAGACCGAUUCCCGGGUAGGCCUAAGACGGAUUCGAUACCUAUGCACGACCCCUUAGCUGUAGCUGUUGUGUCGAAGCCUGGUAUCUGCGAAUAUAGGGAUAUGGCUGUGUCAGUUAUCACGGGGGAUGGUGAGGCGCGGGGUGUUUUGAUUGCGGAUCGAUUGGAGACUAAAUCGCCCCCGAUUCCUAAUUGCAAAGUCGCUGUCGAUGUCAAUGCGGAGGCGUUCCGAAGUCAUUUCUUGACGUUGAUACAGAAGUUGUAACCUUUCUCUUCGGGCAACCUUCUUUUUAUUUUCAUUUCUUUAAUAGAUAAGGAUGGACAAUGUUAGAGACAAAAGUUGGGUUUUAUGGGUCGAUUUAUGAAAUCUAUUACAUCUGUUGAAACGAGGCGCAUCUAAUACGCCGUUGAGAAUUCUAUAUCAUUUUAAUUUGCCCCCGAGGCCUGUUCUUUUCCCUCCUUAUCGGCUUCGUUUCCUGCGGUUUUCUUAUCUUCUGUCGUGGUCUGUUUCUGCCACAUCGCGUAGUAUCUACCCUG